AUGUCGUCGCUCCUUCUGGCGGUGGAUCUGAGUUCCUUUGCUCAAUUCAUCUUCUCCGGGAUACUUUUUGCCGCCGGUUUGCUCUACCUUCUCAAGGCUACCGCCUCCAAUUACUUCUUCGCCGAGGACGACCACUACGGCGGCGGUAACGUUUCUGAUUGGUCUACGGCGACCGCUCCUUCUUCUCCGACAACUUCCACGAGUAAUAAUAAAAAUACUGACAUGGCGUCAACGGCGAUGGAAGUGGAGGAGGAAUUAUGUGCAGUUUGCGGUUCUCGAACGAAGAAGAAGUGUUCCGGUUGUAAGAUAGUGAUGUACUGUUCUCAAGCUUGCCAAAGUUCUCAUUGGAGAUCUGAGCACAAGAAGGAAUGUAAGGAUUUUAAAAAACUUGGUAAAGCCGGAGUGAGAACAAGAAGAGAUAAUUCUACUGGUUCAUCAAAACUUCCAACUGGCUCAAUAAAUAAAAUUCUUUUCCCUUAUGAGGAUUUUGUGCAAUUGUUCAACUGGGAUAAGCCAGGAUUUCCUCCCUGUGGGCUUUUGAAUUGCGGAAAUAGCUGUUUUGCUAAUGCUGUUCUACAAUGCCUUGCAUACACCAAGCCACUGAUUGCUUUUCUGUUGGAAAGAGGCCACAAGAGAGAAUGCAGAAGAAAUGAUUGGUGUUUCUUGUGUGAAUUCCAAAAUCAUGUUGAAAGAGCUAAUCUAAGUUUACUUCCCUUUUCACCACUUAACAUUCUUUCUCGAUUACCCAAUAUUGGUGGUAAUCUUGGGUAUGGAAGACAAGAGGAUGCUCAUGAAUUUAUGAGGUUUGCCAUUGACACUAUGCAGUCAGUGUGUCUUGAUGAAUUUGGUGGCGAAAAAGUUGUCCAUCCAUCCGCUCAAGAGACUACCCUCAUCCAACAUAUUUUUGGUGGUCACCUCCAGUCCCAGGUUAUCUGUACAAAAUGCAACAAUGUUUCAAAUCAGUAUGAGAAUAUGAUGGAUUUAACUGUUGAGAUUCAAGGGGAUGCUACAUCUCUUGAAGAUUGCUUGGACCAGUUCACAGCGAAAGAAUGGCUCCAUGGAGAUAACAUGUAUAAAUGUGAUGGAUGUAAUGACUAUGUCCUGGCAUGGAAGCGCCUUACUGUUCGGCAGGCACCAAACAUACUUACAGUGGCCUUAAAAAGAUUUCAGAGUGGAAGGUUUGGAAAACUGAACAAGAGGGUGACUUUUCCUGAAAUCUUGGAUCUUAGUCCUUACAUGAGUGAGACAGCAGAAGAUGACAACAUUUACAAACUUUACGCCGUAAUUGUCCACGUGGACAUGUUGAAUGCCUCUUUUUUUGGUCAUUACAUAUGCUAUGUCAAGGAUUUCCGUGGAAAAUGGUACAGAGUUGAUGACUGUAAGGUUAUGGGCGUUGAUCUGGAUGAAGUGCUUUCGCAAGGAGCUUAUAUGCUUCUGUAUAGCAGGAUUUCUGCUCGACGAUCAUCUUUAUAUCCUGCUGAAACUCCAAGGAAAGAGGAUCAAGAGCACGUGGAAGUGAAGAAGGAAAUUGAGCUUCCUUCCACGGACCAAGAUGCAUCUGGGGAGCCAGCUGAUACCCUUGUUGAUUCUGUCAAAGAUGCAUCUGAAAGCAGUUCGCUGGCUAAGGUCGGAAGCUCUGAAGUAGAUUUAUCUUCCACAAGCAAUAUUGAACAUGCCAAUAAGGACAUUAAGACUAUGGAUUGUGAGCAAGAUUGUCCUGUUUCCCUGGAUGCUGAAUUUUCUGAGGUCUCAAACUCUGUUGCAAUGCAAGGAAGAGGUCCUUCUGGACAGCAUACUCAUGAUACUGGAACAAUGAUUCCCGUAACUUUACCCUCUUUGCCUGAUGCUGAUAUUCACAACGAAAUACCAUCAUCUCCUUUGCCUAUUGUUCUGGAUAAUUCUGGAGGCACUAACAGUAAUCGUCAAGAUUUCUCUGUGACCCAUUCAUCAGAUGAAGAUUCCAUGGCGUCUAAAAAUCAUUUAGAUUUAACAGAAGGAAAGCCCCUUGAUGUUGCUGCUGUUUCAAUAUCUGGUAAGAGCUCUGAGGAACCAAAAAGUGUUGAACCUGGAGAGAAGUCUGCUGCUAGUAAAAUGCCAUUUUCAGGAAUGCCACCUUCAAAUCUAUGUCAAGAUGGGUCACCCGCAAGGAAAAAACAUACUGCUAAGACGAAGUCAGCUUUUUGUCCCGGUUUCCUCAAUAAAGGAUAUCGGACUCUUCAGGAUUGUAGUGAUCUGAAAGAAGAAUCGCCCCAUGGUGUUUCUGCCACUGUUUUAUGCUCUGGCAAUGCAAGUGGAGAAGAAACAGAAUUUGCUAGUUGUAGUGAAGAAAUGCUCCUUGAUGUGUCUGCGGCUCCUAGCACUCGUGAAGACCUUGAAGCAACAAAAAUUCCUGAUUCCUUGGAUAAGCCAGGGAUCGGCGCUGUACAAAAAGUAAAGCCAUUCUUUCGACCAGGCUUUCUCAAAAACGAUUCAGUGGUCAUUCAAAAUGAUAUUGAUGUCAAAGAAGAAAUGCUCCUCGAUGCGUCUGCGGCUCCUAGCUCUAGAAUGGCUCUCUCUAGUAAAGUUCUUGAAGCAACAAAAGUUCCUGAUUCCUUGAAUAAGACUGGGAACGGUCCGUUGAGAUUACUCUCUUCAAACGGGGUUCAACUUUCAAAUGGUUUUCAGGAUGUAGCUAGAAAAUCUGAAAAAGAACCUAAGGUAAAGCCUCCGGUUCUUCCUGACUUGCUGGAGAUGAAUUCAGCUGCCAUGGAAAAUCAUUUAGGGAUGACAGAAAAAUUGCACCAUGAUAGUUCUAUUAUCUGCAAAGCCUCCCUUUCGUCGUGGUUUUCUGUAGAAACAUCCACAGAACAGGUGUACCAUGAUAGCAUAUUUAUAGAUGCCGGGUCAGGGAAUCGCAGGUGCAGAAAGAUAGAUAGAUCAUCAGGUAGGUUGUACCAGGGUUUCAAUAUUUUGCCUGACAUCUUGGAUAACCAUGUACCUUAUGGGGUUCACCAUGAUAAUAUACCUGCUGCCUUGGCAAUGGUUGGUUAUGGUCCGGAAAUGAUGCUGGUGGUUGCAUUGUUUUUAUUUUAA